UACGUUCUGUCGUGAUACAAACAAUAUAUGAGUAUAUUCAUAUAUAUGUACAUGUAUGUACAUACCUUCAUCUACAUGUACAUAUAGAUACAUAACUGGGUACAUGACGUGGCAAAAGAACAUGGACAAAAUGAUAAACAAGGUACAACAAACAAGGAAGCCACAUAGAAACAUCUCCUUCAUCAGCUGCCACCAUUAAAACACCGGUGUUUCGAAGAAUUAAGGCAGUACGCAUCGUUAUAUAUAUGUAUGUAUAUAUAUAUAUAUACAGUGUACAUUUAAAUACAUAAGAAGUAUCCGUCAUAGGAUUCCUUGCACGGGGAUAAAUUUCGAAGGGAAUGAAAAAUAAUAACAUUUAUCAUCUAUCUACUGGACCAUGGUUUCAGACUUUUUUUAGCAAAUAAAAUAAUUUGCUUGGCGAAGUCUUCAUCAGCAGAAAAACCUGAUGCGUGUUGACAUCACGGAAUACAAGUCCCAAGUGCAUCUACAAUGGGAGCACUUUUUACAGAAAAUGUCUGAAGACCUGAAUGAAUGUAAAGAGAAUCUCGUAUUUAAGGACAAAUUGUUGAAAGUUUCUACAGCUGAAAUAGAGAACCUGAACAGUGCAAUUCAGCGACAAGGAAAGAUGAAACAACAGCAGGUAGCUGAGAUGAAAGAAAUGAAAACAAAACUAAAUUCGAUAAAAGAAUGCAAUGUGAAGCUAGAGCAACUGCUGCAUGAGGAAGAUACCAGCAAUAAAGAGCUGAAGAGAGAAAACAAAGCGUUAAAGGAGGAGAUGUUAAAACUGAAAGAACGCCAGAAAAGUUGCUGUGUCACUGAUAAAGCUAUUUCAGAUCUGGUUGAUAAAAAAGUUGAAGAAUGGAAGCGAAAGCAUUAUAAACUGUAG